GUGGUAAAGGGAGAAAAUGGAAAGAUAUGCAUAAAGAAUCUGUGGUCGACAUCGGAAUAGGGAAUAAAAAAGGGAUACUGAAGAUGAAGAACAACGAACACGAACCGGCUACAGAGAACGAAAUAAAUAACUAUCAAUCGAUGCCUUCCGGUGCUCCCAAGAACAUAGAACAAUUGUCGGACGUAGAACCAGCAGGGUGUUAUACGGAUCGACGUCGUAAGAAUGUGAGAGAUUUUAGGACGAAAUUUAGGCCGCCAUUUUUUCGACGAGGGUGCUCGAAACAUUGUACGGGAUACAGAAAGGAUUUGGACACCUCUAGUUUCGAAUUGACAGUGUGCAAGUCGGUAAAAAAGAAUAAUUUGGCGCACAGGAUAAAAAGAAGCAAGAGGAAGUUCCAGCAAUUUUCAAACCAAGUAAAAAAAAGAACUACGGAGUCUGCAAAGAAAAUAAGAAAAGUGUACAGGGACUUUGCUGCAAGGAGAGUAAUGGGGUUCAACUGCGAUUUAAACAAGUGCCCGAGCACCAUAAUAGAGUGCAGCACGACUUCCUGCACGGAACCUACUAUGCUCUUCAACAAGUUUCACAAACUGAGGGAUCCUGAGAAAAUGACAAGGGACCAGGAAGAGGAAUAUGACAGCAUAUAUAGUCCGACAAUUCACGCAGGAGCGACGGAUCACGAAUUCAAGGUGCUGAAGGAUCAAUCUGUGGGAACAAGCGUUGACAAAGAAACGAGCACUUAAAGGCCGCACCGAUGUUUUAAUUUCGUCCUAUCGUAAUACGUCUUUAUUUCUCCUUACUCUACAUAUUCUACGAAUAAAAAAAAGAACGAUAAAUAUAAGAGU